AAAACCGGAGGCUGAUUGGCUCUCGCGGCCAAGACUCCCAGCAGAAAUCCCAGUUCGAAGGGUCCUCGGGUCUCAGAUAGGAGGCCACGUUCCUCUGCCGAGGAUCCGGGAGCCCUCCAUCCUGAAACGCUGCCCAAGCGGGGAAGGGGUGUGGGGGGGAGGGCAAUAAAUAAAAAGGUGGACACACCUUCCCGCCAAGGCCGCGGAUCCCGCUCCAAACCCACACCUCCCGGGCUGGAUUCUUAAAGGGCCCGCGGACCUGGGGGCGGAGCCAGCCGGGCGCCGAGCCGGGGCCGUGCCUUGGGCGAAAGGGCUGGAGCGGGCUAGGCUGCGCCCGGGAUGGCUGCGGAGGCCGGUGCGAGUUCCUGAGCUGGUGCCAGGCAGGUGACAUUUCCUGUGGCCCCCCAGCAUGCGGGCAGGACUGGGUCCCACCGUCACACUGGCCCUGUUGCUUGCAGUGGCACGGGCCAUGGAGCUCAAGCCCACCGCACAACCCAUCUUUACGGGCCGACCCUUUGUGGUAGCGUGGGAUGUGCCCACACAGGAUUGCGCCCCACGACACAAAGUGCCACUGGACCUUAGGGCCUUCGAUGUAGAGGCCUCACCUAAUCAGGGCUUUGUCAACCAAAACAUCACCAUCUUCUACUACAACCGCCUAGGCCUAUAUCCACACUUCGAUGCAGCUGGAAUGUCUGUGCAUGGUGGCGUGCCUCAGAACGGCAGUCUCUGGAUGCACCUGGAGAGGCUAAAGAAACCUGUGGAGUACUACAUUCGCACCCUGGAGCCAGCGGGCCUGGCAGUCAUCGACUGGGAGCAUUGGCGGCCUGUGUGGGUACGCAACUGGCAGGACAAGGAUGUAUAUCGCCAGUCUUCACGUCAGCUGGUGGCCAGCCACCACCCAGACUGGCCGUCAGACCGAAUAGUCAAACAGGCACAAUAUGAAUUUGAGUUUGCUGCUCGACAGUUCAUGCUAGAAACACUACGCCGUGUCAAGGCGGUCAGACCUCGGCACCUCUGGGGUUUCUACCUCUUUCCCGACUGCUAUAAUCACGAUUAUGUACAGAACUGGGAUAGCUACACGGGCCGCUGCCCUGAUGUCGAGGUGGCCCGCAACGACCAGCUGGCCUGGCUGUGGGCUGAGAGUACGGCCCUCUUUCCCUCUGUCUACCUGGAUGAAACGCUGGCUUCCUCUACCCACGGUCGCAACUUUGUCAGUUUCCGUGUUCAGGAGGCCCUUCGUGUGGCUCACACCCAUCAUGCCAACCAUGCACUCCCAGUCUAUGUUUUUACACGGCCCACGUACACCCGCAAGCUCACGGGGCUUAGUGAGAUGGACCUUAUCUCUACCAUUGGUGAAAGUGCAGCCCUGGGAGCAGCAGGUGUCAUCCUCUGGGGUGACUCAGAAUACACCUCAAGUAUGGAGACUUGCCAGUACCUCAAGAAUUAUCUGACGCAGCUGCUGGUCCCCUACGUGGUCAAUGUGUCCUCGGCUGCUCAGUACUGCAGUAGGUCCCAGUGCCAUGGCCACGGGCGCUGCGUGCGCCGCAACCCCAACUCCAAUGCCUUCCUGCACCUCAGUGCCAACAGCUUCCGCCUGGUGCCUCGCCGCACACCUGAUGAACCCCAGCUGCAGCCUGAGGGGGAGCUCAGCCGCGCCGACCUCAACUAUCUGCAGACGCACUUUCAUUGCCAGUGCUACUUAGGUUGGGGUGGCGAGCAAUGCCAGUGGGACAAUAGACAAGCGGCUGGAGGUGCCAAUGGGGCCUGGGUUGAAUUCCACCUCAUCAGCCUGCUGGCUUUGGCAACUGUGGCCCUUAAUUGGACUUUGUAGGGGGUCUCCUACUUGACCAUUGAGCUAGUUGGCCUCUGCCUGGGCACACAGAAGCCUAUAGGGGGUAAACAACUGAGUCUGGAGGGGACAGAGCCCACAGGAUGUCUAAAGCAUCCAUACCAGCUGUCACCCCCACCCCCGUUCUAAGGGGGGAGAGGAAGUUCCUUAGAGCCCCCUCUGUCCCUGCCAGAGAGGAAGGAAGAUAUAGCUGGGCUGGGGAAGCAGGCUUAACCCUACUCCCCUGCCCCUAGAUAGUUUAUUAUUAUUAUUUUGGGGUCUGUUUUGUAAAUUAAAUAUAAAACACCUG